AAAUUUUAAGUAAUGUUAAUGUUUUGAUUCAAAAUUUAUACAUCUGAGCGGAAUCUUUAAGAUGAGUUCUGGUUUUGUGACAGAGACAGAAAUUAUUGAAGCCCGCAAGCGUCGACAAGACGAAUGGGAAAAAGUUCGUACUGCUGAACAACCACUUGAACGACCUGAAGAACCUUAUGACGGCCGAUCUUUGUACGAACGUUUAAAAGAGCAAAAAAUUAAAAAAGACAUGGAGUUUGAAGAAGCACAUAAACUAAAAAACCUAAUACGCGGCUUAGAUGAUGAUGAAGUGCAAUUCUUAGAAUUGGUUGACCAAACUAAGAUGAAAGCUGAAAUAAAACAGUACAAAGAAGAUGAACGUGAGCUUAAAGAUUUUCGCAAUCGGGUAGCUUCUUUACAGCAGGAAUCUCUUGACAAAAAAAUCCAAAAUGAGAUAAAAACAUCUAAAGCUAAGCCAACCACUUCUACUACACGCCCAACACAAAAAUCUUUAUUAGGUGUUGGUAUUAAACGCAAAAAUGAUGAACCAGAAAGUGAAUCUGGUGCUGAUCAAAAUAAGAUGUCUAAAGUUAUUACAACUGAAACUAAACCAUUGCAGCAGAGAACUUUGUUGAAUAUUAAUACAAACGAAUUCGAUAAAGGCAAUUUUAAAUGUAUUGGAAUUUUACCUGGUAUUGGACGUUAUAAUGAAUCAAGUGACUCUGAAAUAAGCAGCGAUAGUAAUGAUGAACCUGACGCUACUGAGAGUAAAUAUGACUUAGUAGGACGAAAACGUCAAAAAAAGAAGCAAUGUCAGGAAGAAUAAAUUUUCAUUACUUUUUUUUCUGUAAUUUAGUUCAUAAUUAAUAUUAAUAUACAUAAAAGCUAGAGGCAGAAUUGUAGUUUUUCCAUAUUAUUGUUUUUUUGAAUUAUAAAAUAUACUUAUAUGCCAAUUAUAACAAUAGCUACAAUUGUGGUAAAAUAAUUAUUUUUUGCUGGAUCAUUUUAUAUAUUUUUUAUUUAAAUUUUAAUAAAAUGGAAUGUACACGUUAUCUUAAGAUCAAUGUUAUGUUCCAAAUAAGACA